GAAUAUGGCCCGAAAUGAAGGUAGAUUGAUAAUUAUAACGGCAAUAGCCGGAGUGACAAUAUUGGCUGCGGCACUAGUCACCAUGGCUCUGGAUCCUAUACAGCUUUUAAUCAAUUAUAAUACCCGCGUCACCAACAAUUCAUUUAUGUUCAAUAUGUUCCAAAAAGAGGUGGAAGGUGCCCAUUUGUCUUUAUAUGUAUUUAAUGUGACCAACGCUCAGGAGUUCAUGUCGGGAGAAGAUCACAGUUUAAACGUACAAGAAGUUGGACCGUUUACUUACGCAGAAAUAAGGCAGAACAUUGAUAUAGAUCUGGACGAAGAAGCCGGUGAGCUGGAGUUCACGCCGAACAUGAAGCUUCGCUUUGUGCCCGAGCAGUCGGUGGCCAGACCUGAAGAUGUUAUCGUCACUGUGCCCAAUCUGGCUCUGUUGAGUGUGGCUUCAUUGGUGAGCUCCUUACCGUUCUUCAUUAGGAAUACAUUUAAACUGCUGUUCUCCACCCUCAACUGCAAGUCCAUAACGACCAUCGAUGUAUACAGCUUUCUAUGGGGAUACAGUGACCCUCUGAUCUCGCAAGCCUACAACAUUGUCCCUGGAAUCGUCUACUUUGAUAAAUUCGGGAUCAUGGACAGACUCUACGACAACAAGACCAUUUACAGAAUGAGGGUGGGAAUCCGUGAUGAAGACAGGUUCAGCAUAAAAACUCUAAAGAAAUACAUGAAAAGCGAUAACUGGAUGAAUGAAAGAGCUCUAGAAAGCUACAAAUACAAGAACACAUACGAGGGAGCAGCCUAUCCACCUGGGCUCAAUGUGGAGACUCCGAUCAACAUCUACCGGCUGGGAGUCUGCAGAGAACUGAAUCUUGAGUUCCACGGAACCAAGAACAUGGAAUAUGGAGGCGAUGCCUGGAUAUACAGAAUCAGUAAUGAAACAUUUAACAGGGAUUGUGCCGCAGGGGUCUGUGGGAUGAUGGACCUUUCUAGUUGUACUUACGGUAUUCCUAUAACGAUGUCCAGGACCCACUUCCUCGAGACAGACCCGAAGAUAUAUGAGCGCAUCAAGGGCAUCAAUCCAGAUCCUAGUAAACAUGAUAGUCACUUUCUAUUAGAGCCUAACAUUGGGAUAUCGCUCUCGACAUCGCUGUCGCUACAAAUGAAUAUGAACUUGGCUGAUUUGAGGUUUAGUGAUAAAACUGAAAUGUUUUCCGACUUGGUUCUGCCGGUUGCUUAUAUAAAAGUUGUCCAACAAGAUGUUUUUGACGCGCUUUACGGAAUUCUGAGAACCAUUCACGUAACGGCGCCGAUCACAUUAAUAUCAAUUGAAGUGACAAUGUUCCUAAUUGCAGUAGCUAUUUUGGCGUAUUCCGGACUAUUGCUGUACAGAAGAAGUAAAUGUAAAGCCAAGAAAAAGGCUUAUGCCAAGUUAAAUUUAAGACAAAACCUACCUUUAAUACAGUGUCAACUUACAAAGACGUAAUUAAAAAAAUUGUCAUCGUUCAGUCUUAGGGAAUUUUUCACGAC